AUGGAAUCUAGUCCUGUUCGCAUUACAGAAGUUAACUCAGCGUCCUCAACCCGCAACAUUGAUCACACCCAACUGGCUCUCAGCUCCUUGGUUUCCUCUGGCUCUCCGUCUGACGCAACAGCCCCCUCUUCUUCUUCUCUAAGAAGGUCUGAUCUUCACACCACUCACUGUCUCAAGCUCUCCACGCUCGCCACCUAUAGCAAUUCAAUUCUGGCUAUAUUCUCCGCCAAGGAUCAGCAAGCUAUCAAACACUCCGAAACUUAUGUGGCCUUCCUUAAAGCACUCAAGGCUAAAACCACCUUGCCUCCUCGACACUGGUCGUACGACGUUGCUCCCACUAUCAGUUACAUCAUUUCCUUAGGUUCUACCAACGAUCUCUCAGACGAUCUCCUCAUAGCCAAAACGGCUUGGCUCUUGGCGAUGGUUGGGUUUCUCCGUCCGUCUGACUUGGCAAGAGUGGAUCAGGACAAAUGCUCUAUUUCUAAGGAUAAGGCCUUGCACUUCCUGCUCGGUUUAUGUCUCUCGGAUUGCUUCGAUAACAUGCUACCCGAUCAUUCACAGCCAAUCGGGCCCGAACGAAACUUCAAGCACAUCCGCCGAAUCAUGACCCAUGUGGGCAAACCAGACGAUGCUCCGGUUCCCAAGGCCAGGGCCUUAGGCGCUACACUAGCCGCUCAAGCAGGCAUCGCAGUGGACGACACAGUGGUGCACGGUAACUGGUCUUCCAAGGCCACAUUCGAACAGUUUUACCGUAUUUCUUCAAUGACGAACAACAAUCUCACGCUGGCUACUCUGGAUCAACAACCAAGAUCACAAAGCUCGAAGGGUAAUUAUGAUGAUACUUCAUAA